UUCUCGAUACUCUCUUAUCUCUAACAAAAAAGCGAUAGUUAUCGAAGUGGCGGUAUUCUUUAAAAUAUAUCGAUAUACAGCACCCGUAUGUGUAUCGCACAGAAAGUGACAUAUCUAAACAAAAUUACUAGAACUUGCUACGAAACAACAAUAAUAGAAAUAUAAGCUGCACGAAAAACGAAAAGACGGUGUUAAUUUGAGGAAAAUAGAAACGAAUAUAGAGGCAACCGAAAUUCCCAGCAAGAUUACAAUAUCGUACAGCUGUGAAAAGUGACGUUCGUAUUAUCCGGAGUAUUUCAUCACACCAACAAAAUGUUGCGCCUUGCACUUUCGGCCGUCCGUCCCGCCGCCGGGAGUCUCAAUCUCCUCAACCAGGCCCCGGAGCACCUGCUCCGCGCUAAGCCCAACAUGGCGGUGGUGCGCCACUACGCCCGUGGUCCGGUCCGCACCCGAGCUCCCGUGGAGCAGCAGCAGACAUUGCGGGCUCCCUCGCUCAAGGAGAAACUGAUGGGUCCGCCGAGCGCCAAUGCUUACUCCAUGGGCAAGGGUGCUGCCGCCGGAGCCGCUGCCGUGGGACUGGGCGCUCUCUGCUACUACGGCGUGGGAUUGGGCAAGCACACCAGCAUUGCCGACAACGCCAUAAUGUGGCCGGAAUAUGUCAGGGAUCGCAUUCAGAGCACAUAUGCCUUCUUCGGAGGAUCUUGUGUCCUGACUGCAGCUGCUGCCGCAGCCGUUUUCCGUUCGCCCCGCCUCCUGGAGCUGACCUCCCGUGGUGGCAUCCUGGUUCGCAAUACAGCUAGGGGCUAUUGUUCGAAGGCCAAGCUUCCGUUUCCACCUGAGACAGCCGCCGUUGCCAAUCCCGCCGAAGGGCAGAGGACAGCUACCCAGAGCGGUUAUCUCAGCACUCCCCAGCAGGCGGAGACCCAGGUAGAGGAGGAGGAGGACCACGACCAGGACAAGAUGGAGCGGCGCUACCUUAAGAAUCCAUUCACCGACUUUGCCGGCGGCGAGAAUACACCCUUCGCCAGCGAUGAGGAGCACAUUAAGAAUCUAAUCUGCACGUAUGUGGAUGCCAUCCUGGAGUCGUGCCAUCCCAGCAGCGAGGAGGAGGACCAUCGCGGCGACCUGUACGUGGGCAAUGCCGGCAUCGCCUUCAUGUUCUGGAAGCUGGCCAGUUGCGAACAGACAAGGGAUCUCUAUCCGGCAUUGGAGCACGCCACAGCCUUCAUCCGGAAUGCCAAAGCCAAUGCCAAACGCUACAAGAAACGUUCCGCCGAGCGGUACUCAUUCCUGUGCGGGAAUGCCGGCAUCUACGCCGUAUCGGCAGCCAUCUCACAAGCGAACAAGGACACCGAAGAGCUGUCCAACGACCUGGCCAACUUCAAGUCGGGCAUCCCCUCCAGCAAGGAGUUCACCCACACCAAAUACGGCUGCGACGAGGUGCUGGUGGGCCGGGCCGGCUACUUGUCCGGCUGCUACUGGCUGAACGAUAUUCUGCCGGAGAAGAAGAUAACCGACGACGAUCUGAUCUCCAUUUGCCAGAAGAUUGUGACCAGCGGACGGGAGUACAGCCGGCAGAAUGGCUCGCCACUGCCGCUGAUGUACCAGUACCAUGGCACCGAGUAUCUGGGCGCCGCCCACGGCCUGUGCGCCAUCCUGCACAUGCUGCUGGACAGCCCAUGGUUCCGGACGAUGCCCAUUUCGGCACCGGCACCCGAGUUGCGCGACAUCAAGCGGUCGAUUGACUUCUUUUUGGAGCUGCAGGACAGUGAGGGCAAUUUUCCGGUGGCGCUGGAGGAUCUGCGCUCCGGGCGGGACAAGCGUCUGGUGCAUUGGUGUCACGGUGCACCCGGGGUGGUGUACGUACUGGCCAAGGCCUAUCUGAUCUUCAAGGAGGAGAAGUACCUGGCCUCGCUGCGACGCUGCGCCGACUUGGUGUGGAAGAAGGGAUUCCUGCGCAAGGGGCCGGGCAUCUGUCAUGGUGUGGCGGGCAACGGCUAUGUCUUCUUGCUACUGUUCCGGCUGACCAACGAGAUGAAGUACCUGUAUCGGGCGCACAAGUUCAUGGAGCUGCUGACCAAUGCGGAGUUUAAGUUGCGCGCCCGUACACCCGAUCGCCCGCACAGCCUGUACGAGGGUGUGGCCGGCACCGUAUGCUUCCUGGUGGAUCUGCUCGAGCCGGAGGAGGCAUACUUCCCCUUCAUGGAUGUAUUUCACUAGAAGGGGCGCGAAAGCAGAGGGCAGAGGGCGGUGGAGACAUAAUGCUCAAUCAGGGAGAGGUUAACCCAUCAAUUCUAGUCAUUUGUUUGUCGAUUUUUCAGUUGUAGUUCUCUCAUUGUUGCCUUUGCGUUGAUCCCCGAGGAGUGGGUGUUGCAUACGGAUUGGGAAUUGAAGCUGGCGAUGGAACACCGGAUAUAUAGAGACACGGAAUCGGAUCGGAAUCGGAAAUCGGUCGUCGCUUGCUGGAAUAUUCUCCAGUCUCAUUCUCAUAUCAAAAUUCUUUGUGCUUUACGCUAAGCAAUUACUUAAUACAUUGAUACUUAUAUAUACACAGACAUAUACAUUAUAUUUAUAUACAAUUUAUAUUAUAUAUAUACAUCUAUAUAUAUAUAUAUAGACAGAUAUACAGAUAUACAGAUACUUGCGCCGACAUCUCUAUAUACAGAUACAUACUUACAUGCAUAACGUGCUUUAUACCUACGAGUAAUCCACAAAGAGCUCUAAAUCUAUUGUCAAUGGGAGUGAAGAACGAGUCGUACUAUAUUUUAUACAGAUAUGUAUGUACAGUCCUGUAACCACAUCCGAUCGAUCCACCCCGCCGGUGGUUGAUCGAUGCGGUUGCACGGAUGAGGCACCCCAGGAAUAAAACAAAGUAUUUUCAUUCAA